AUGUACGAGUUUCAAGUUUUUUAUAUGAUAUACAUUUUUGCGAGUUUGGAGGUUGGAGUUUGGUACUCCCAUGUUUCGGGUCUCGGACUUCGGGUCUCGGGUCUCGGGUCUCGGGCCUCGGCACUCGGCACUCGGUACUCGACACUUGGUACUUGGUCACUCAAGACUCAAAACUGGUACAUUUCUAUGAGUGUCGAGUUUUUUUACAUGAUAAACAUUUUUGCCUCGGCACUCGGUACUCGGUACUUGGUCACUCAAGACUUGAAACUUGUACAUUUCUACAAGUUUCGAGUUUUGUACAUGAUAUACAUUUUUGCGAGUUUGGAGGUUGGAGUUUGGUACUCCCAUGUUUCGGGUCUCGGACUUCGGGUCUCGGGUCUCGGGUCUUGGCACUCGGUACUCGGUACUUGGUACUUGGUCACUCGAGACUCGAAACUUGUACAUUUCUAUGAGUUUCAAGUUUUUGUACAUGAUAUACAUUUUUGCGAGUUUCGAGGUUGGAGUUUGGUACUCCCGGGGUUCGGGUCUCAGGCUUUGGGUCUCGGGUCUCAGCACUCGGUACUUGGCACUCAGCACUUGGCACUCAGCACUUGGCACUUGGUACUUGGUCACUCAAGACUUAGUUGGGAUUCGAGUCUGGAAUCUCGGGCUUCAGGUCUCGAUGGUCGGGACUCGAUGUUCGGGACUUGA